AAGCACGAUUUCAGAUUUUUUUUGCGCUUAGUCAAUUGCAGCGCUGCAUUUUGAUCAUUAGAUGCAAAAGGUGUGAACCAUCUUCCACGUGUUAUGUACUCAUAAUUUUGUGGAAAGGUAAGUAUCUACAAGAAUCUGAAAUUUCCAGUGGGUGCUAGACUGACAACAAUCGUGCGACUGCAUUUUUAUAUCACUGUAGCAACUGUGUUCUUGAUUGUGAUUCUUGGACAGUUAGGUACUACAUUCUUUUUAUGCGGUGCACCUCUUGCCUUUUCUUUUCUUUUUCAUUUUUUUUCUCAAGAUGCAGGUCUUACAUUUUGUUAAAAAUCGAUAACUUUUUCAGUACAUGUAUAAAGUGUACGUCCUGCUCUUGUAGGUGAGAAAAAAUCUAUGAUUUCUAAUAGCCAUGUUUAUUUUGUGAAGUUUUCCUGAACUCUCUGUCCAUGAUUUUUUUUUCAAAAAUCAAUUGAGAUUUCUAGCAUGUGUUUGUUGGUCUCUGUGAAGACUUAAGACACACAUGCCUCUUAUUUUUACCAAGAAAAACACAAGGUUCACGGUUGGUUUUAUUGUCGAUGUUCAUUCUAUAAAUUACUGGGAAAGAAUCAAUAAUAUGUAGAAUUAGAAAUAACUAUGUAGAAUUAGAAAUAACCACUUUUUACACCAAAGUAACAGGUCAAACUUUACCCUGUAGAAUUAGAAAUAACCAUGUCACUUCCACUGCUUUCUGCACUACCACUUCACCUUCUCUCACAACUUAGGGACAUCUUUGUUUGAUUUCUCAUACUUGAGUUGAAUGAUUUAUAAGUUCCAUAAGAUUUUUUUUCCUAAAACGAUCAUGUGUCUGAUACUGCAGUCAAGGUCAGAGUUUAAAGUGAUCUUCCAAAGAAGUAAUUAUCGUAAGAAGCAGCAAACAUUUGAAAAUAUGACCAUGUUCCAGACAUUGGAAUGGGUAUGGCACAUCUAUAAUACAUAAAUUUAUUGUGUAAUUCCAGUGAACUGUAACUCUUUUGAGUUCUUCUGUGUAAACAUGAGCUCUUAGUUUUAAGUGCAAAUGUUGUCAGGCACAUUGACCAUUCAGACCAUGCUACCUUUGUUUUCCAAAUAUUUUAUCUGAUCCUCAGUUCAGGAUAGGCAGAGCAGCUUGACGUGUCUUGAAUAUCCGAUAAAAUUUAUAUCAGGGCCUCUCUUAGUCUGAUGGCCUUUACUAUUUUUAUUUCAAUAGAGUACCUCUCUUCUGCUAUAUGCCAAUUGUUGGCUUAUGUAUUUUCAGUGAUUUACCAAGUGCCACGGUUCGUAUUGACAUAAGAUCUUUAGAAGAUGGUGGUGUUUACUUUAAUAUAUUUUAAAAAUAUAUGCAGUUCCUCGACGGAAUAAGAUUGUGUAGAAGUUCUGGCAAGCGUUUGCUGCCACCAAGUAAGGAGGUGCACCAUGUUAGGCCUUCGGGUCUUGGGCUAGGAGGACGAGGCUGGUCUGCUGAUCUCAGGCCACACAUGGUUCCUCCUCCAGUGUCCGUUCGCGUCGUGACACAUUCAUAUGCUUCGACAUCACCUACUGUUUUUAGAUCAGUUGAUUAUCAUCAGUCGGCGUUGUCUGUUGGGUCUGCUGAAGGAUCUUGUGCUACUGAUUCUUUUGUUGAUAUGGAUGCUCGGAGGCAUGCAAUUCAUCUUGGCAAACAGCCGGUCUGCCGUCUCCUCGAGGCAUCGCGCACUGGUGAGCGGUGGUGCGCGUUGACCUCCAGCGUCGCCCGCUGGCUCAUCCUGUUACCCGCGUGACCCAUGUGCCACGCUACGGUGGCCGUCUCCCCGAGGAAUUGAUUGUCAAUCAUCCCAGCGUGAGACGCAACCGAUUCCACCAGCUGCAUGGUUGUAUGGUGUGGUUUUCUUUCAGUGACACUGCGUCCCCUAAAUAACUACAUAAGCAUAGUCCACACGUUCUGCAAGGCCCGGAGGUGAUAAUGGCAUGCCUAAUUGGUUGUCCAUUAGUAUCAUGAACAAUAAAUCAAUGUUAUUGUGUGCCCUAAUAUCUUACGGAUUUGGUGUGUGACUGGUGUUGAUAUUGACAUGCAUCCCUUGAACUUGCUCAAGAGUAUUCUACUGAUCUGGAGGUGGGAGAUGAGUACUCGUUGGUUCACUUGUCAAAUUUUGGGCAUCAACGAUAAUAUGGUCUCAGGUGGAUGCUGCUUGAUGGAUGUGAGUCAUCUUCAACAAGCGGAAGACCCAAGUUGGUUUGCAUCUCUCCUCUCGGAUUGCACAAUCUUUGCAGGAACAGUCCGGUCGAGCUUUAAUGACUCAUGGAGUUUAAUGAAGUGCUGCCGCCAAACAAAUCAGAGUUACAUGGUGUAUUGGGAGCUUUGGGCAAACAUAGUUCAUGGGUAUCAGAAAAUUCUGCUACUGCGGUUGGUACCCAAGUCUACAUCAGAAUUCUUGAAAGAUAACUAUUGGUGAGCAACAAGAUUCGGCUCAAAAGGAUGCAGUAGCGCCAAAAGUUGUUGAACUGACGGUCCCAAAUUACAUGUUGUGAAAGCACAUAAGGCCUCUUCCUCUUUUCUCGAUUUUGGCGGCAUGACCAAGUGGACCUAUACUUCCCUACGAAAAUGUUUCCUUAACAUACAUAUUAGCUUUUUCAUCUUGGUGCAAAGAUGUUAAAACUUUGAAAUAUCACCCAUGAGUUCAGACUUAGAAAGAUUACUGCCGCAAGCAGAACGCAAGAUAUAUAAGACUCCGUUAUCAGUAGACUUCCUCUAACAAUUUCAUUUUAGUUCAUAGUAUUAGUCGUGUAAUUUCAAAAGACUAGCAUGACGUGCUAUACACCAGUCCACUGAUUUACGUUCCGUUUUUGUUUCCCUUUUUUUCAUCGUUAUUCCGUUCUUGUGGUAGGUCGUACCUCUUUAUUCGGCAAGUUGGAUCGUGGGAGUUAAGUAGAUAUGAAGGUGAAUUAUGAAGGGCAAGUCAUCUGGGAAAUCAACAAUCCCCAAGAACCUAAUUGUAGCUUACAAGUUGGACCUCAAGGAGGAAAGGAGACACAUGUGCUAGGAACGUGUGAUGUGUCACAUGGCAGCACCACUUGCCAUGGGCAGGAAAUUCACCCACGGCGGCACAAGUGAUAUCAUCUCUGUUUUGUCUAAUAUUUUGUUGAAAAUUUUCUUAAAAAGUGACAUGAUAAUACUGACGUGUUCAUUGAUGCUCUGGCCUGAAAAUAAACUGAUUGUAAUUCUACUACCACUAAUUAAGGCAACUCAAUAUUAUCAUCUAACGGGUAUUAUACAUUCA